UUCUAGCCAAAACCUCCUCGUUCCGUUUGAUUGGGAUUACAUCGUUACCCGGUUGGUCACGUGCGUGUCAGUCAAAGAGAUGGGUAGUGUGUAAACUACAUGUCCUUUCAGCUCCGAAAUGCUUUUUUUUUGUUUUAAUGAAACAGAAGGCGUUUUUUUUUUUGUUAAGUUAUAUUUAAAACUCAUCCUGUCAGGCCAGUUUGUCAAGUUUCAGGGUUGGUAUGUAGCCAGGUAGCCAUUACGCAGGUAAAGGGAGUGAACAAAACUCCACAAUUGUUUGUGGCGAGGACAGAACAAACAUGGUACAAUAACCAGAAACUGGAAGAUCACACGGGAAAAAAAGAAGAAAUUAUCGACAUAGAAUAAUACUGUGAGCGACCUCCAGACGUUUCUCCACAAUGAGCCGGGAGCGAGCAGACUCCCAGGGGUCACUUGGGCCUGACGAUGAGGUCAUGCCAUAUAGUGACGACGAGACGGAUGAUGAGUUGGACCCCGGCUCAGACGAAGAGCGGCCACAGGUCGAAGAGGCCAAGAGCACCGAGUCUGGUUGGAGAGUCAAAGCAAACGACAGGGCCUUCUGUAACCUGCCAGAGUUUCAGAAAAAAUACUUCUUGUGUCUCAAGAGGAGUAAAUAUGCAGGGAAUGGAAUCAAGACCUACAAAUAUAACGCCUUGACGUUCAUCCCACUGAAUUUGUUCGAGCAGUUCAAACGAGCUGCUAACCUUUACUUCCUGGCCCUGCUCAUCUUACAGAUUAUUCCUGAGAUCACCACGUUGCCUUGGUACACCACCUUAGUGCCUUUAGUUCUGGUGCUGGGAAUCACAGCCAUCAAAGACCUGGUGGACGAUCUGGCCCGCCACAGGAUGGACAACGAGAUCAAUAAUCGGAAGUGUGAAGUUCUCCUGGACGGCAGGUUUCAAGUGUCGAAGUGGAUGAAUAUCCAUGUCGGUGAUGUGGUUCGUUUGAAGAAAAAUGAUCACAUCCCGGCCGACAUUCUGUUGUUGUCCAGUUCAAACCCCAUCAGUCUUUGUUAUGUUGAAACCGCCGAGCUCGAUGGGGAAACCAACCUGAAGUUUAAAAUGGGUCCGAAAGUGACAGACGAGAGACUGCAGGAGGAGGACCAGCUGGCACAGUUUGACGCCAUGAUAGUGUGUGAGGAGCCUAACAAUCGUCUGGAUAAGUUCACGGGGACCAUGCGUUGGAGGAAAGACCGCUUCCCUCUGGAUCUGGACAAUAUGAUGCUGAGAGGAUGUAGGAUCAGAAACACUGACGAGUGUCACGGACUGGUCAUCUUCGCAGGCGCCGACACUAAAAUCAUGAGGAAUGGGGGCAAGACCAGAUUCAAGAGGACUAAAAUCGAUGAAUUGAUGAACUACAUGGUGUACACUAUCUUUGUAAUCCUGGUCCUGUUGUGUGCUGGCCUGGCCAUCGGAAACACCUUCUGGUACGAGGAAGUAGGCAGCAAGGCCUGGUAUCUGUAUGACGGUAAGGACCAGACUGCUUCUUACAGAGGUUUCCUCAGCUUCUGGGGGUACAUCAUCGUGCUCAACACCAUGGUUCCCAUCUCCCUCUACGUCAGUGUGGAGGUGAUUCGUUUGGGCCAGUCUAAGUUCAUCAACUGGGACCUUCAGAUGUACUACCAGGAGAAAGACACCCCAGCCAAGGCCCGCACCACCACCCUCAACGAGCAGCUGGGUCAGAUCGAGUACAUCUUCUCAGACAAGACCGGUACCCUCACGCAGAACAUCAUGGCCUUCAAGAAAUGCACCAUUGCUGGACACACCUUUGGUGACCCUGCUAAUGUUGCGGGUGUACCUCUGGAUCGUGGGAAGCCAGUGGACUUCACCUGGAACAAGUACGCAGACAGGAAGUUUGAGUACUUGGAUCAUUCCCUGGUGGCCUGCAUCCGGUCCAAGAAGGACAAAGACACCUUGGAGUUCUUCAAGCUGCUGUCUUUGUGUCACACUGUCAUGGUGGAACAGAAAGAAGAUGAGUUGGUGUACCAGGCAGCCUCUCCUGACGAGGGGGCUCUGGUGACGGCCGCCAGGAACUUCGGUUUUGUGUUCCUGUCCCGUACCCAGGACACCAUCACCAUCAGCGAGAUGGACCAGGAGAUGACCUACGAGGUGUUGGCCCUGCUUGACUUUAACAGCGACCGCAAACGCAUGUCCAUCAUCCUGAGGUUCCCUGACGGUCGGAUCCGUUUGUACUGCAAAGGAGCAGACACGGUCAUCUACGAACGUCUCUCUCCUAACUCCAAACACAAGGAAGUGACCCAGACUGCUCUAGACAUCUUUGCCAACGAGACUCUCCGGACCUUGUGUCUGUGCUACAAGGAUAUCAGUAAGCAGGAGUUUGACGCCUGGGCUAAGAAGCACAAGGCUGCCAGUGUUGCUAUGGGCAACAGGGAGGCUGCUCUAGAUCGAGUGUAUGAACAGAUUGAGAGCAACCUCAUGAUGAUCGGCGCGACUGCCAUCGAGGACAAGCUGCAGGACGGGGUUCCUGAGACCAUCGCCAAGCUGGCAAAGGCUGACAUCAAGAUCUGGGUCCUGACUGGAGAUAAGAAAGAAACGGCUGAGAACAUUGGCUAUUCCUGUAAGCUGCUUACCGAUGAUAUGCAGAUCCACUAUGGAGAGGACGUCAAUGAGAAGCUGCGGAUCAGACAGGCAAACCGAAGGGAUCAGCCGCCUGCGUUCGGUCGGACCAGGAAGAAGGUACCGGAUCCUUUCUUCCCUGAGCCUGGCAGGAACGCCCUGAUCAUCACUGGAGGCUGGCUGAACGAGAUCUUAUACGAGAAGAAAAAGAAGCGUCGUCGUCUUCGACUGAAGCGUCUCGGUAAGAGACCCGCCGCCGCCACGCCCCAGGAUGCCGCUCAGCCAAUCGACGACUGGGAGAAGGAGACUCGUCAGGUGGACUUUGUGAACAUGGCGUGCGAGUGCGAGGCGGUCAUCUGCUGCCGGGUCACGCCAAAACAAAAGGCCAACGUGGUCAGCCUGGUGAAGAAGUAUAAGAAGGCUGUCACGCUGUCCAUCGGAGACGGAGCCAACGACGUCAACAUGAUCAAGACUGCAGACAUCGGUGUGGGUAUAUCUGGACAGGAGGGCAUGCAGGCGGUGAUGUCCAGUGACUAUGCCUUCGCUCAGUUCCGGUACCUGGAGCGUCUCCUGCUGGUCCACGGUCGCUGGUCCUACAUCCGCAUGUGCAAGUUCCUCCGCUUCUUCUUCUUCAAGAACUUUGCCUUCACCCUGGUCCACUUCUGGUACUCCUUCUUCAGCGGGUUCUCAGCUCAGGUUGCCUAUGAAGACUGGUUCAUUACUUUAUACAACGUGAUGUACAGCUCCCUUCCCGUCCUGUUGGUUGGCUUAUUGGAUCAGGAUGUGAACGACAAACUGAGUAGAAAGUUCCCCAAGUUAUACCUCCCUGGUCAACAGGGGGCGCUGUUCAACUACAAGAAUUUCUUCAUCAGUCUGUUCCACGGCAUCUUCACCUCUCUGGUGAUCUUCUUCAUCCCGUACGGGGCGUUCCUUCAGACCAUGGGGCAGAACGGAGAGGCACCGUCAGACUACCAGUCCCUGGCUGUGGUCAUGGCUUCCUCUCUCAUCUUCACAGUCAACAUGCAGAUCUCUCUGGAGACGUCAUACUGGACCUUUGUGAACUGCUUUGCAGUCCUCUGCAGUAUAGCCAUAUACUUCGGCAUCAUGUUCGAUAUCCACAGUGCAGGAAUCCACGUCAUCUUCCCGUCAACCUUCACUUUCACCGGAGUGGCCUCUAACGCGCUCAGACAGCCCUAUCUGUGGCUGACCAUCAUCCUGACUGUGGGGAUCACCCUGCUUCCUGUCAUCUGUAUCCAGUUCCUCUACAAAACCAUAUGGCCGUCCGUUGGAGACAAUGUCCAGAGGAACAGGAAGAAGUAUGAAAUGGAGGAGGAAGAGGAGGAGAAAUCCACUCCCUUCCAGCGAGGAAGACGCUCCCGCCGCUCAGCUUACGCCUUUUCUCACUCCAGAGGCUACGCCGACCUCAUCGCGUCCGGCCGCAGCAUCAGAAGACGACCUGCUACAGCACGCCCCAACCCCAGGGACAGCAUCCGAGAGAUCCCCCAGGCCGAGAACAUAUGAGGUGGUGGUGGUGGUGGGGGGAACCCACCAGGUUUUGUGUAACAGACAACGUUGUUUAUCACAGAAUUGCUCGUCAUUACUGGGUACUCCCGAUAUACCUUGACCUGUAUUGAUGAAGCCUUAGUUUGAGUACUGAUCUAGGAUCAGGUCCCACCCCAUGUACAUGUAAUCUUAUUCAGUAAUUAUCUAGAAGGGAAUACUGUUCCUAGAUCAGCACUUUGUGAAUACGGGCCCAAGAGUUAUCGGUUUGACUGGAGGUUGGCCUUGUUUAAACGGACUAAAUUUAAUAUAUUGUUAAUAUUAUUGUUGGUUUGUAUUUCACUGGAUCAGUUGUGAAAAUGUAUACUUGCAGUCAGAAGGGUGUCAUAAUCAUGAUUUUAUAUUUAAAUGUACAAGAAUUUCAGCUUUAUUUUCUGUUCAAAAUGCUGGAUCCUAGAAGUAAGGUAUGUUUUCCACAGUUUAUUUUAUUUUAUGGUGUCCUUCCUUAUUCCUUAAGUUAUUUGACACUCUCUUUAUGCACAUGGAUUCAUUGUAUACAUGCCAAUAGAACACUGUUGAACCAGUUGUUUACGGGGAUCUGAUAGAACCCUGCUGAACCAGUUGUUUACUGUGAUCCAAUAGAACCCUGUUGAACCAGUUGUUUACAGUGAUCCAAUAGAACCCUGUUGAACCAGUUGUUUACAGGGAUCCAAUAGAACACUGUUGAACCAGUUGUUUACGGGGAUCUAAUAGAACCCUGCUUGAACCAGUUGUUUACGGGGAUCCAAUAGAACCCUGCUUGAACCAGUUGUUUACAGGGAUCCAAUAGAACCCUGCUUGAACCAGUUGUUUACGGGGAUCUAAUAGAACCCUGUUGAACCAGUUGUUUACGGGGAUCUAAUAGAACCCUGCUUGAACCAGUUGUUUACGGGGAUCCAAUAGAACCCUGCUUGAACCAGUUGUUUACAGGGAUCCAAUAGAACCCUGCUUGAACCAGUUGUUUACGGGGAUCUAAUAGAACCCUGCUUGAACCAGUUGUUUACUGUGAUCCAAUAGAACCCUGCUGAACCAGUUGUUUACGGGGAUCCAAUAGAACCCUGCUUGAACCAGUUGUUUACAGUGAUCCAAUAGAACCCUGCUGAACCUCUGGACAGAUUUAGUUUGACCGGUUUUUAGCUGAGCUUUUUUUUUUCAGAUCAUAAACUGAUGCAAAUAGCUUCUUGUCAUUCUUUAAUGAAUUGAUCUAGAUCUCUGUUAUUAUAGUAUCAACACUGUCCAUCCUCUUCUUUUUCUUUUUGCUUAUUUUUUGUAACAGGAUGGUUAUUACUAUGACUUUUGGUGUAAAAUGGCAAUGGUCUAAAUAUUUACUUGUGCCUCAAAUGGCAUUCUACUCCCUAUUUAGUGCACUACUUUUGACCAGGGCCUGUGGGGGCUUCGGUCAAAAGUAGUGCACUACAUAGGGAAUAGGGUGCCAUUUUGGCAUUUAACCAUUUGAAAUGAAGUAUGAAUGGAAUUGUCAAUUUGCAAUAUUUGCUAUGAAGGACCAACCUGCUCAGGCGUUUUGAUGAGUUUAAUAUUUUGACUUGGGCUUUAACUCAAUCCACAAGGAUGCAGUCUUUGGAUUGAGUCUCAGCCAUGGCUAUUUUAUUGGCGUAAUGCAUUAUAUCAGCCUUUUAUCAAUAUGAUCUCUGUCGAACAGUACUGUUUAGUGUGUAUAAAUACUCUUUGUUCUGUUACACACUUCAUCAUGCUGAAUAACAAAUGGACUUUGUAACUGUAUUUUAAAGGUUUGUGUAUACAUUUGCAUUAUACAUUUGUGUAUACACAAACCUGAACAAUGGCCUUUAGUGGUCAACUGGGCCACUCUUAAAACUACCUUUUUUUUAAAAAUCUUGUUUUUAGUAUAUUAAUGAUAUAAAGUACCUUGUAAAAUGACUUUUUGAAUAAAGACUGACUAUACCGAGAA